AUGCUCAGAGAUGCCUUGAGCAAUGGUGGCCAGAAUCAUUGUGGAGGCAUGGUUUCUAUUAUAACUGAACAUCUUGGCCUCCAUUUACCCAACAAUCCAACCAAUAUAAUUUCGGGUCGUACUCGUUUAUCACUUGAAGUUAUGGACAUGCACCUCUUUCACCACAAUUCCAAUGGGGAUGUUCAUUGGACUGUCGAUGGUAAAGAAUAUCUACGCAUCGACAACCGAAAUAAGAAGAUAUUAGCCUUGGCCAAUGACAUCCAAUCCACCAAUUGGCACCUCCAGUCCAACUUGGGUGUUACUGCAACCCGUAGACCUCCGACCACCAUUCCUAAUCCUCUUGUUCCAACUACAACUGCAGGUGCUUCCAGCUUAUCUCGCCUUAUUCCUUUUCCUGAGCACAACCUUUAUAUGGGUGAAUUUGCAUGCUUAGACCACUAUUACACGAGCUUACAGCAGGAGAUAGGAGAUAUUUACAUUGGCGUUGCUGAAAACACUUCGAAAUUUUAG